GACCAGAACUCAACCUUUUGCUCUCUCGCUCGCGCUCCCCGCACGCGCGCCAAUGGCUUCUCUCCAGACUCACCAGCUCAAUCCCCAAUUCCACCGCCGUUUCUCUCUGCUCUCUCCGAAACACGGCGCCCCAAGGAGGGUUCUGGGGCUCUCGCGGCACUUUCCGGCCUCGUUUUCCCGGAGAAUUAGAGCUCCGGAGCUCCCGGAAAGUUGCCGGGGCGGGGAUGGGGACGGGGGGAGGAGCUCGUUCGAGUGCUGUUGCCAAGCCAGCGCGGAAGUCGCGAAGAUCGAAGCCUCGGAGGAGAACGAGCGGCGACCGUUCGACAUCAAUCUCGCGGUCAUCCUCGCCGGUUUCGCCUUCGAAGCCUACACCACUCCUCCAGAAAAUAUUGGAAGGCGAGAAGUGGAUGCUGCGGGGUGUAAGACAGUGUAUCUUUCAGAGUCAUUUGUCCGCAAAAUAUACGAUGGUCAGCUGUUCAUAAAGCUCAAGAAGGGUAUCAAUCUUCCUGCCAUGGAUCUGUGGGGAACAAGUGAUCCAUAUGUAGUCAUGCAAUUGGAUGGUCAGGUUGUGAAAAGCAAGGUCAAAUGGGGGACAAAAAAGCCAACCUGGAAUGAGGAAUUCACUUUUAACAUUAAGCUCCCUCCGACUAAAAACCUCCAGGUGGCAGCUUGGGAUGCAAACUUGGUAACUCCACACAAGCGAAUGGGUAAUGCAGGAAUUUGUUUGGAGCCUCUGUGUGAUGGAGAUUCACAUGAGAUGGUUGUGGAAUUAGAAGGAAUGGGUGGUGGAGGGAAGAUACAGUUAGAGGUUAGAUAUAAAAGUUUUGAUGAAAUUGAUGAGGGAAAGAAGUGGUGGAAGCUCCCAUUUGUUUCAGAAUUUCUCAGGCAAAAUGGGUUCGAGUCUACUUUGAAAUCAAUUGUUGGGUCUGAGAGUGUGCCAGCUCGGCAGUUUGUUGAAUAUGCUUUUGGGCAGCUGAAAUCCUUUAAUGAGACAUAUCCUUGGAAGGAUAAGCUUUUGAAUAGUGGUAAAUAUGUAGCAGAAGGGGAAUCGGUCAAUGCCACUGCUGCUCCUGAGAAGUUUUCAUCUGUAGAUAGUGUUCCAUUGCUGAAUGAGCAGAGCCUGAAUGAAGAGAACAUUGUUGUUGAGUCUUCCCCUGAUUCAACUGGAGUUGAUUAUACCAAUGCAGAAAAAAUGCUAGUUGGUGAAUCCAUACAGUUCGACAAACAUUUCUGGAAGAACUUUGCAGAUGUUAUCAAUAAGAAGGUUGUACAGAAACUUGGUCUUCCUGUCCCUGAGAAUGUAAAAUGGGAUGGGUUUGAUGUACUAAAGAAGAUUGGCAUACAAUCCAGGAAAGUUGCAGAAGAAGGUUACGUUGAAUCUGGGCUUGCAACGCCAAGUAGCCAAGAAAUUGAUGAUUCCACAGAGGAUGGGCCACUUCCAAGAAGUGCAAUUCAGUCUUCAAUUACGGAUAUAAAACAGGUGACACAAGAUUUGUUACAACAAACUGAUUCUGUUUUGGGGGCAUUGAUGGUUUUGACUGCGGCAGUUUCUCGGCUAAAUAAGGAAGCCACGCAUUCUAUGGAAAAGAAUGAUAAUAAAAUGAAAAAUGAUGGUUCUGUGUAUUCUAAGAAUGAGAAUCUUGCUGUCUCAUCGGACGUGUCAUUAUUGGAUGACAAGGAAGCCGAGGAGAUGAAAGCUCUCUUCUCUUCUGCAGAAAGUGCCAUGGAAGCUUGGGCGAUGCUUGCCACUUCUCUUGGUCAUCCUAGUUUUGUCAAGUCCGAAUUUGAGAAAAUUUGCUUCUUAGAUAACGCAUCCACUGAUACACAGGCAGCAAUCUGGCGCGAUUCUGCACGAAGAAGAUUACUUGUUGCAUUUAGAGGAACGGAACAAUCAAGAUGGAAGGACUUGCGGACUGAUUUGAUGCUCGCCCCUGCUGGUUUGAACCCCGAAAGGAUUGGUGGAGAUUUCAAGGAAGAAGUUCAAGUUCACAGUGGCUUUUUAAGCGCAUAUGAUUCAGUGAGAAUAAGAAUUUUAUCACUCCUCAAAAUGGCAAUCGGUUUUGUGGAUGAUGGUUCUGAGCCACAGUACAAGUGGCAUGUCUAUGUCACUGGUCAUAGUUUAGGUGGUGCUCUAGCUACUCUCCUUGCUCUUGAGCUUUCAUCAAGUCAGUUAGCAAAGCGCGGAGCAAUAUAUGUGACUAUGUACAACUUCGGAUCUCCUAGAGUUGGUAACAGGAGAUUUGCAGAACUCUAUAAUGAGGCCCAUGCAUAUUUGCAUUGUUGCAUGGAAGUUGCUGCUCUACCUUUAUCGUCAAUAUUGUUAGGACUAACAGUCAUGGAACAUGCCAACACGCAUUCAGUCCUCUCGAAAGUUAAGGACAGCUGGAGAGUUGUGAAUCACAGGGAUAUCAUACCAUCAGUUCCACGCCUGAUGGGUUAUUGCCAUGUGGCCCAACCCGUCUAUCUAGCAGCAGGAGAAAUUAAGGAUGCCUUGGUAAAUGUGCAGUCUUUGGCUGAUGGUUACGAAGGUGACUUCGUUGGUGAAUCCACGCCAGAUGUUUUAAUUAGUGAAUUUAUGAAAGGUGAAAAGGAACUCAUAGAAAAGAUAUUGGAAACUGAAAUAAACAUAUAUCGUUCAAUUAGAGACGGAAGUGCGCUGAUGCAACAUAUGGAAGAUUUCUAUUACAUCACUCUGCUUGAGAGUGUCAGAUCAAAUUACCAAUCUGCUGAAAGGUUGCAGACCAGUGACGAAGCAACAGACAGACAACUAAAUGCUUAACAGCAUGCACGUCAUGGUAAAUGGGGAUAUGCUCGUCCGUUCGAGUUACUUAAGCCACACUUUAUUACUACCCAAAAAAUACACAUCUCCUUGUUGUAAAUCUCACAUGGAGAUCGUUAGAUCAUGCAUAAUACUGGGCUAUUCUGUUUUAGUGUAUGGUUCAAGUACAGACUUCGAGAAGAAUGGCGUCAGCACCCUUCAAUAAAUGUACAUUGGGGACACUAGCUAAUCAUAAAUGAUCAAAAUUGUGGCAGUAACUUCCACAUUCUAAAA